CUGACCUUAUUGGUCUGUUGUCCAAAAUCAAUAAACACCACAGAUCUGAAGUCUCAUUCUGUGUGGUUUAGUGAGUCACAGAGCUCCAGACGAGGACCUAGUCAGAACAUCCGUACAGUAAUGGAGGACAGAGUAGCUGAGGAAGAAAAAAAAGAGAGGCCGAAAUGGGACAACAAACUCCAGUAUCUGCUCACGUGUAUCGGAUUUGCCGUAGGAUUAGGAAACGUGUGGAGAUUCCCAUAUCUGUGCCAGAUUUAUGGAGGAGGUGCGUUUCUUAUCCCGUAUCUGAUCGCACUGGUGUUUGAGGGUUUGCCGCUGCUCUAUCUGGAGCUUGCGAUUGGACAGCGUCUACGUAAAGGAAGCAUCGGGGUGUGGAACUCAAUCUCACCGUACCUAGGGGGAGUCGGUGUGGCAUCAAUGGUGGUCUCCUUCCUUGUGGGAAUGUUCUAUAACACCAUCUUGGCUUGGGUUCUGUGGUACUUCUUUAAUUCCUUCCAGGAGCCAUUGCCAUGGUCACAGUGUCCUCUGAGUGAAAACCAGACAGAGUAUGUGUUGGAGUGUGUUGAGGGAACACCGGUAAAUUAUUACUGGUAUCGACAGACACUGAACAUCACACCAGACAUCGCGUCCAGUGGCUCACUGCAGUGGUGGCUGGUGCUGUGUGUUGCUACAGCAUGGGCCAUCGUCUACAUCUGCUUCAUCCGUGGCAUCGAGACCAUCGGAAAGGCAGUGUACGUAACAGCUACAUUUCCUUACAUAGUGUUAACGAUUUUUCUGGUACGAGCUCUCACACUUCCUGGAGCUGCUGAUGGACUAGAGUACCUCUUCACACCAGAUUGGCAGGUCCUGUUAACACCACAGGUGUGGUUAGAUGCUGCCACUCAGAUCUUCUUCUCUCUGUCUCUGGCCUUUGGAGGCCUCAUCGCCUUCUCCAGCUACAACCCUGAGAAGAAUAACUGUGAGCGAGACGCUUUGUUAGUGGGCUGCAUUAACAGCGCCACGUCGAUCUAUGCCUCCAUUUCCAUUUUCUCCAUUCUGGGAUUCAAAGCUACAACAAAUAACAACAACUGCAUCAUGAGUAACAUCCUCAAACUGACCAACGAGUUCAGCAUCUCUGAUCAGAACAUCACCCUGGAGAACUACGAGCACUGGCUCACCUACUUAAACAACUCGUACCCUGCAGAAGUGGAUGGACUGAAGCUGAGACACUGCGAUCUGCAGAGGUUUCUGGAUCAGAGUGCAUCAGGAACCGGUCUGGCCUUCAUCGUGUUCACAGAAGCAGUGACCGAGAUGCCUGCGUCUCAGGUGUGGGCCGUGCUCUUCUUCAUCAUGCUCUUCAGCCUCGGCCUGUCCUCCAUGUUUGGCAAUCUGGAAGGCGUCCUCACGCCGCUGCUCGACCUUAACAUCUUACCUAAGUGGAUUCCAAAAGAACUCUUCACUGCUUUAAUCUGUGUCAUCUCUUUCCUGGUGGCUCUGAUCUUCACCAUGGGUUCAGGAAAUUACUGGCUGGAGAUUUUUAACAGUUAUGUCGGCUCUGUCCCGCUCCUCAUCAUCGCCUUCUUUGAAAUCAUUGCUGUGGUGGUCUUCUACGGAAUGGGACGGUUCAGUGAGGACAUCGAGUUCAUGACCGGACGAAAGCCAAAUAUAUUCUGGCGUGCGUGUUGGAUGGCAAUCAGUCCUGUGAUGCUGUUGGUGGUGCUGGUGGCGUACGUGAUCGUGCAGGUGCAGGUGCACCCCGAAUACCCAGCCUGGAACCCACAAUAUCCUCAGUUCCCUGAAGCAGAGAUGAAGCCGUAUCCUGACUGGGUCUUUGCGAUCUGUGUGCUGCUCUCGGCUCUGCCGGUGCUCCCCAUCCCAAUCGUAGCUCUAUAUCACCUAAUCAGACGUCUCACACACACUCACAACCAAACACACUCUCUCUCUCACACACAAACCGAGAACCCCUACAACAAUGGAGCUUACAUCCCAGACGAAUAAACCAGCAGACAGCAACAACA